AUGGAAGGAGCAGAUCGGGGCAGAGAGGAUGAAAUGCAUCUAGCGGCGGCAACCCCGCAGGGGAGGCCGCACACCAGCGACCGUGGACCGAUGCCUCCGCGUCCCCCGCGAGACCGAGGGAGGCGCCUCACCAGCUCCGGCCGGAAUGGCCCGCCGCCCGGGCCACCCGACGCUCUCCGCCCGGGGCCGCCGCCCCAGAUGCUGAGGCCCUCCACGCUAUGUGGAGCCUCCAGAUCCCCCGCCGCCACCUUCAUCGGUGUCGAGCGCACGCCGGCGCACACCUCUGGCAGCGGCGGAGGGGAAGGGGAGGGGCGGAGGAGGGGUGCGGCGGCGGCGGUUAGGGUUUCCCCGAGUCGCCUCGGAGGAGACGACGCGGGGACGGGGGGCUCCAGAAAUGCCUCCGUAUUGAUAACUACCUAG